GAAAAAAAACAAUCGUGCCAAUUGUCUCUUUCUUCAAGUUCAUUUUGCUUUUCAAGUAUGACAAGUUCUGGGACGUUGAUCUGGAUGUUCGGUGCUUUGCUAUGGAAAUCGCGGACUGUACCUCCAACGACUGGUUUCCAGAUUCUUGCUUCUUGGAUUCUUAUUCUUCCCACAUCGUGUAACUUCUCGCUGUACUCUCAUCUCCAUACAUAUUCCAUAGUAAUAUCACAAUGUGCGAUAUCUGGUUCAUGUUGUUUUUGGAGAACUGCAUACGCUCAAUCCACCCUUGUUGAAUCAUCUGGCUGGAUGUCCGAUUACAUGAACGAACCCUUUUCAAAGCACCUUCAUUCUGCAAAACAAAAAAUAACAAGGCGCAAGCUCCGGAAAGCCUCAGACUGGAUACGUUAAUACACUACGCUAGCGUAGCUUCAAGUUCCAAUAUCUUCAGCACCUUCAAUUAUCUUCACUUCAUCUAUUGUGGAAUGCCGCGCAUCUACAUGAUACCAUUGUAAACUAGGGGCCGGCUGUUUCUUCACUGGACUGCGGCUAGUUGAGCC